AUGUCGAGGGCACGGUCCGCCUGGCGCUCGGCCUCCUCGGCGCCCAUGAUGCGCUCGCGGGCGGCCAGGAUGCUCGGGUCCGUGGUGUCGCCGUGGUGGCGGCGGGACAGCAGGGUGGAGCGGCGGCGCGGCGGGCUGGCCGACGUCGAGGCUGUGCUCAUGCUGCUGACGCUGUUGGUGUCGACGGAACGCCGGCGCCGGUUGAAGAGCCCGCCCCUCUCACGGCUCGCCGGGCUGCUAUUGUGCGCGGCCAUGGGAGCUGGGGCGGGGGCUGAUGUGCGCCGCGUGGUCGGUACGGGCGACACGGAACGCUUGCGGCCAAAGAGGCCCCGGCGUUCUUGGUGGACGGGCUCUUGGACGACUACCUCCUCCUUGGGUGGCUCGUGGCGGGAGAAGAGAGGCAUUUUGGUGGGAACUCCCAAUCAGCCCAUCAUGGCGUCGAGAUCUCGCUCGCCAAUCUCAGAUCGAGGCUCACGGGCAAAUAGACACCGCCGCUCGCCCUCCCGCGGUCGCUCGCGUACACCUUCACACUCUCGCUCGCCAUCGCCCCGCCGCAAUGGCCGAUCACGACCUGCCGACAGUCGCAGCCGGAGCAGAAGUCGAAGCCGCACACGAAGCCGCACCCGUACCCGAAGCCCGUCUGCCGGUCGCAGUCCCAGUCGUGGCCGAGAUGUCAGGAUGAGGAGUCGCACUAGGAGUGUGUCGGCCAGCCCGGCGCCACGCAGUACCAAGAUUGUUAUUGAAAGGCUCACAAAGAACGUUACCGAGGAUCACUUGCGAGACAUAUUUGGCCAGUACGGCGAGAUUCGUGAUCUUGAUUUACCCAUAAACAGACAGGGCACGAAUCGCGGUACAGCAUACAUCCUCUACGUGCAGGAGCCCGAUGCCGAGUCGGCCAUUGCCCACAUGCACGAGGGCCAGAUCGACGGAGCCACCGUCAACGUGUCCAUAGUCCUGCCGCGCCGCAAGUUCUCCCCCGAGCCACCAGGAGCUCGCCGCGGAAACCCGCACAUCGACCCUCGUCACAUAGCACAGGCCGCCCGAGUGGGUGGACUCGCCUCUACCGCUGCCGCAGGUGGCUCCGGUGGCUUCAGGGGAUCAAGGGGACGAGGAGGCGGCGGCGGCGGGCCACCAGCCGGACCUCGUGGAGGUCGCAACAAUGACGUCUACAGGCCUUCUUCGAGGAGCAAGUCUCCAGAUGCGGGACGUGCGGGCGGUUAUAGAAGCCGGUCGCCUGGAUCACCAUACUCCAACAGGUCUGACUCAAGGUCGAGGAGGCGUGGGGGUGGAGGUGCUAGGAGGGAUGCAGGUGGUGAUGAUUAUGGAAGGCGGCGAAGCCCUAGCAGGGAUAGCUACAGCAGCUACGGUGGCAGGCGGAGCAGGUCGCGUUCACAGAGUCGGGGCCGUGGCGGUCGAAGCUACCGCUAAGAUGUUUGGGUAUCAUGACCGGGACUAGUCGGUUUUAUUCGGUCAAAACCAACACUUUAACUGAGGUUGGCCUAAGUACGUGGGUACGCGAGGCAGCUUUUUUCCAGAACUUUCACGGUGAUGGGUACCUUCUCAGGUAAAAAGGAAAGAAAUGAAACCUCAACGCAAGGAGUUUCUCGUCAGAUGCGACAUUGGGGUUUUGCAGGAGCCAGAGCUGGCUAAAAUGCCUAGUUCCUUACCCAUCAGCACUGAAGUAAGGGGCAUUUCUUCGAUCCAAUCAAAACUCCUAGUAUAAGAUUAAAAAUUUAAUGGAUGGCAACGCUCAUGCUACCAAGCUUAGGGUCGGGCAGUUGGGUGAAUGAGAAGGAUCAAAUGAGAUAUAAGCGCUAAUCACGGUGGAUGUGAGGAGGACAAAUCACUCAGAAUACAACUGCGGAGAUAGUUCUGAAUUUACCUAGCGAAAGGCCAACGGUUCUCAUUGAAUAUCAAGCAUAAAUCCGAAUGUAAAUCCG